AUGGAAAUUGGGACUGUAGCAUGGAUUUCCUUGGUGAUUAUGGUGACAGUUUUCUGCCCUUCGUCAUUUGCUCUCACCCUGGAUGGUCAGGCGUUGCUGGAAAUCAAAAGUAGUUUGAAUGAUACUAAGAAUGUUCUGAGCAACUGGCAAGAGUUUGAUGAGUCUCAUUGUACAUGGACUGGUAUCUCUUGUCACCCUGGUGAUGAACAAAGAGUGCGGUCAAUAAAUCUGCCAUACAUGCAACUUGGAGGAAUUAUCUCUCCCAGCAUUGGUAAACUCAGUAGACUGCAAAGAUUGGCAUUUCAUCAGAACAGCUUGCACGGAACCAUUCCUAAUGAACUUACCAAUUGUACCGAGCUAAGAGCACUGUACUUGAGGGGUAAUUUUUUGCAAGGAGGGAUACCGUCAAACAUUGGAAAUCUUUCAUAUUUAAAUAUACUGGAUUUAUCAAGUAACUCGUUAAAAGGUGCUAUACCUUCCUCCAUUGGCCGUCUCUCACAUUUGCAAAUUCUGAACUUUUCUACGAAUUUCUUUUCCGGUGAAAUUCCCGACAUUGGAAUACUAAGCACCUUUGACAAGAGCUCGUUUAAUGGAAAUUUAGACCUUUGUGGGCGGCAAGUCCAAAAGCCAUGUCGGACAUCAUUUGGUUUCCCUGUGGUGCUGCCCCAUGCUGAAAGUGAUGAAGCUGCAGUCCCUACCAAAAGGUCUUCCCAUUACAUGAAGGGGUUGCUAAUUGGUGCAAUGGCAACUAUGGGUCUCGCACUUGUCAUAAUCCUUUCAUUCCUCUGGACUCGUUUGUCAUCGAAGAAGGAACGAGCUGCGAAGAGAUACACUGAAGUCAAGAAACAAGUUGAUCCAGAAGCAAGCACAAAACUUAUUACCUUCCACGGUGAUCUGCCAUACACAUCAUCCGAGAUCAUAGAGAACCUGGAGUCUCUUGAUGAAGAGCAUAUAGUAGGAUCAGGUGGAUAUGGUACUGUUUACCGAAUGGUGAUGAACGAUUGUGGUACAUUUGCUGUUAAACGGAUUGAUCGAAGUUGUGAAGGGUCUGAUCAAGUGUUUGAAAGGGAGCUAGAGAUCUUGGGGAGCAUCGAGCACAUAAAUCUAGUAAAUAUGCGUGGUUACUGCAGGCUUCCUUCUUCAAGGCUCCUUAUCUAUGACUAUUUGGCCUUAGGCAGCUUAGAUGAUCUCUUGCAUGAAAAUACUCAACAAACACGACUACUGAACUGGAGUGAUCGUCUACAGAUAGCUCUUGGUUCUGCCCGGGGUUUGGCUUACUUGCACCACGAAUGCAGCCCAGCAAUUGUUCAUCGUGACAUAAAAUCUAGUAACGUCCUCCUUGAUGAAAACAUGGAGCCACAUAUAUCUGAUUUUGGCCUUGCAAAGCUUUUAGUUGAUGAAGAGGCCCAUGUUACCACAGUGGUAGCUGGCACAUUUGGUUAUUUGGCACCGGAGUAUCUACAAAGUGGGAGAGCAACUGAGAAGUCAGAUGUAUACAGCUUUGGAGUUCUAUUACUCGAACUUGUGACUGGAAAGAGGCCAACAGAUCCUUCCUUUGGUAAAAGAGGUUUAAAUGUUGUUGGUUGGGUGAACGCAUUACUGAGAGAUAAAAGAUUGGAGGACGUGGUGGACAAAAGAUGCAGUGAUGCAGAUGCAGGAACGCUUGAAGUAGUUCUUGAGCUGGCAGCAAGAUGCACAGAUGGAAAUGCAGAUGAUCGUCCAUCAAUGAACGAGGUGUUACAGUUGCUGGAACAAGAGGUUAUGUCUCCCUGUCCAAGCGAGUUUUAUGAGUCUCAUUCAGAUCACUGA